AUGGCUUCCCCAGGUAAACCCAAUGCUGGAUCUAUACAGAAAGAAAAUUCGGCGGCCACCCGUGUCAAGAAGAGCAAUCACAAAAAGAAUCCCAAACAAAAGAAAUUUGACCACGCCGAUCUCGAAAAAUGGUUGGAGAUACAUUGCCAGGUUCUAACAAACCAACAAAAUUGGCAUAAUCGCCUCAUGGAGAUCGCAUUGGAAGCCAUAGAAGCCCGCAAGAAAAGAGUUGCAGAAGCAGAAGCCAGAAAGAGAGCCGAAGAGCUAAGAGCCGAACUCGAGGCAGAGAGCGCCAAGCGCGAGGGCAGCUCGGGAGAAGAAAUCAAAACAUUCGAAGAGUUGAUGGUACGUAUCAGGAAGAUGGAGAAGCAGGCCAUUGAAGCGAAGGCAGCAGCAGCAGUGCGCGGCGAAUCCGUUGAGGAAGAGUAUUAUUAG